AUGACUAUUUUUUUUCUUCCGCGAUAUUCGAAACCAGAUUACAUUGAAUAUACGAAGGAAAUCUUUCUUUCAGCAAAUUUUUAUUCGUUUCCUUCCUUUUUCUUUUUCAUAUUUUAUUUCUUCUCUGUUAAAAUUAUUAAAAAGAAGAAAGAAAAACACGGGAAUACGAUUCGAAUUCCUUUAGCCUCACUUCCGAAUUAUUGCUUUUUUAUUGACUUCCUGCUUCCUUUUUCAUUUUCUUCUCUCUCUGCUAUUUUCCCAUCAUCGGUUUUCAUUUUUUUCUCUCUUCUUUUUUCCUUACAAAUAUUUCUAUCUUUAUUUCUUCUUUCUGUCUCUCUUUCUCUCUUAAGUUUUAACAUUUCUUUCUCUCCAGUUAUCUUUUCUCUUUCAAUUUCAUAUAUCUUUCACGUGGAGAUAUUUUACACUAGCUUCGUUGCAGCUGAACGAUUUGUGCUACUACUAACAUUACAUCUUUUUUCUAUCACUAAAAUCGUAUCCUUUCUUUCCCUGAUGUUUUCUCUCUCUCUCUCGCUCUCUCUCUCUCUCGCUCUCUCUCUCUCUCUCUCUCUCUCUCUCUCUCUCUCUCUCGUCUUGCAAACUAUAGUGUUUCCCACUUUAACUUUUCCUUAUUUUCUUUUUUCGUUUUUGAUGCAAACGUUUGUUGGUUUUUCAUUUCUUUCCCUUUUCAUCCAUAUUUUUGCCUCUUUCUCCAUUGUUGUUUUAUUAUUAUUAUUAUUAUUAUUAUUAUUAUUAUUAUUAUUAUUAUUCGUUUUUCUGUUUCUUUGCUUUCUUCCUUAA